UUUCCUUCAAGAAUUCUGAGAAAUGAGUGAAUACUAAAAAGAAGACUUACGAUAUCAUUUAUACUAAAAGAGCCUAAUGCUGUAGCAUAAGAUUCCUAAAAUUAAGGAAACUUGAGCUACAUCUUAUUAUUAAUAGCCAUUUUAGGUGAACAAUACUUCCAAAAUUAUCUAAAAAUUAGGUUUAUUUAGAGUCUAAUAAUUUUAGAAUUUAGUGCUGAUUUAUGCAGAAUUUCCCAAUCCUCUUCAUCUAAUGCUCUACGGUCAAAGUUUUGAGCCCUUAGUGGUUCAAAAGAAUAGAAAGACUGAUGGUCUCAUAGGAUUUUCUGGCCUAUGUGCAAUUCUGAAGAACUUAAUUUGAAUACCUACAAUAAGAGAGGUAAGAGUUUGAAAUCAUACAUUGAAUGGAGGUUAUAAAUGUCAAUAUUCUCCUCUGCGUCUUUAAAGAUGAUAUAGCUGAGGAUUCCUUUAUCAAAAUUGUUGCGU